AUGUCAUCGGGAGGAUUCUCCAUUAAAGCUAGAGGAUUAGGUAAUAACAAUAAUGGAGGAGGAGGAGGAACGGGGACGAAGUGUGGACGGUGGAAUCCAACGGUGGAGCAAGUGAAGCUUCUAACGGAUCUAUUCAAGGCCGGGCUACGAACACCGAGCACCGAUCAGAUUCAAAAGAUCUCUACGGAGCUGAGUUUGUACGGUAAGAUCGAGAGCAAGAACGUGUUCUAUUGGUUCCAAAACCAUAAAGCUAGGGAGAGACAAAAGCGCCGUAAAAUCUCCACCGUCGAUUUUGAUCAUCGUCAAGACACAAAUCUCUCUCGUCCUCAUCGAGACAACCAACGUUUUCAUCAACCACCACGUAAAGAUAUAUUUGAAGUAUGUGAAGAAGAGGAAGAGAAGGUGAUAGAGACGUUGCAACUCUUUCCAUUAUCGAAGGUUGAGAGAGUGAGAGCAAAUGUUACUAUUGCAAGCCACAACGAAUACAUAAGAGAGCAUGCCAAUACGACGACGUUUUCCACAUACUCAUCAUGUGGAGCUGAGAUGGAACAUCCACCGUUGGAUCUCCGAUUAAGCUUUCUAUGA